AUGGCUACCCUGCAGAAGUCUGUGAUCUCUUUCCCGAUGGGGCUGGGAGCCAGUGGCCUCCUGCUCAUGGCCCUGAUGGCACACGGAGGAGCUGCUCUGCCUAUCAGCUCCCACUGCAGGCUUGACGAGUCCAACUUCACAUCCUAUAUCACCAACCUCACCUUCAUGCUGGCUAAGGAGGCCAAUUCGGCAGAUAACAACACAGAUGUUCGUCUUAUUGGGAAAGAACUGUUUCAUGGAGUCAAUGAUGAAGAGCGCUGCUAUCUGAUGAAGCACGUGCUCAACUUUACCCUUAAAGAAGUGCUGUUCCCCAGGUCUGAUAGAUUCCAGCCCUACAUGCAGCAGGUGCUGUCCUUCCUGGACAAGCUUAGCAACAAUCUCAGCCAAUGUCAUAUUGAAGGCGAUGACCAGCAUAUCCAGCGGAAUGUGCAGCAGCUGAAGGACACAGUGAACCAGCUUGGAGAGAGUGGAGAGAUCAAAGCAAUUGGAGAACUGGAUCUGCUGUUUAUGGCCCUGAGAACUGCCUGCGUUUCAUCACAGCAAACCUGGAAAAUGAGUUAA